UGUUAAAUGUCAGAUUGCAAUAAACUAGAUGCUGUUGGUCAGGCCCGCUGAAAUGGGCGAGCAUAAUCUUCUUAAUCCCGGGUUUGUGGGACCGUUGGUAAACAUCCACACAGGAGACACAUUUUACCUGCCAAAUUUCAGAGCAUCGGGGGGACAGCUGGCGGGUCUGCCCUCUUUCUCCUACCCAAGAAGAGAUAAUGUGUGUUCUCUCCCGUGGAACCCAUCGGAGCCGUGCAACGGAUACUCUCAAUCCUACUUAAGCGGCCCCAUGUCCAUUAACCCUCAGUUCAGCCGGUCUUGUGAAUUACCUCGGCAAGAGGAAGGAAAAUGCUAUUACAGCAAUAUCGCCGGGCACAGAGAAACUUGCGCGGAGGGGGGCAAUUUAAAGAGAGAAGACAGGGCGAUGAACACAUCCUCGGUGUCGUCAGAUAACGGACUACAUAACAGCAUGAGCGGUGGUGGCGUGUUUCCUAAAUUUGAUUAUGGGACAGAGGAGGUGAUCCAAGACCCGCCGUCCUGUCCGUCCCUCGAAUCUGAUUCCAACUCAUCUAUGCUCAACGAAGGGGGCAAGACUCUCGCAAGCAUCCCUCAGACCAUGGCAUCCCCUGGUAGCCAAGCAGGCAGUGCAGCUACGGGCGGAGGUGGCCCGUGGUACCCGAUGCACGCCCGGACCCGCAAGAAACGCAAACCCUACUCCAAACUGCAGUUGGCCGAGCUGGAAGGUGAAUUUAUCCUCAACGAAUUCAUCACGAGGCAGCGGCGGAGAGAGCUCUCCGACCGCCUGAAUCUCAGCGACCAACAGGUUAAGAUCUGGUUCCAAAACCGGCGAAUGAAGAAGAAAAGGUUGUUGCUUAGGGAGCAAGCCUUGUCAUUUUAUUAAAGACCUUUUAGGGCUAUAACCACGAUUCUGUUUGUUUUUCAUUUUUAAGCAUGUUGUAAAUUCUUCAAGAUAUCCAUCUUGCCUUAGUAAACCAGCAUGUACAAAAUAUACGACAUCUUUUAGAUUUUAGUGUAUUGUUUCAAAUGAUCGGAUAUCUACUAGUAAUUAUCUCAGUUAUAACGUUCUCGAUAAAAGUGAUACUAUGUAAUAUUUUUUUUGAUAGAAAAAAAACUUUUCAUACGCUAGGCGAUGCCAACGCCCUUGAACUGCAAGACAUUGACUGUGGACUUGACUUAAAAGGCGAUACUGGUGAUGAAAAUGUAAUUGUACAUUAUUCCCUAACACCACCGACUUAGAGGAUUUACAUUAUCCUUUUAAUGUAGGUUGUCAGGUUUUAGAAAUGACUUUCACACUUACGCAGAUAUUAAAUUUUUAUUUUCUUCAGCGAUACUAGCGGUAUUAAACCCAUGUAAAUGAAAGUUAUUCAUUCUGUUAAAAUAGGUCUAGUCAUCUGAGUAAAGCGCUGUUAUUUCAGUACAACCCCUGAAGUAAUCUAUUUUUCCUUUUUUUCCCAGUAGAGCAAUAUUAAAAUCAAGUUAUUAGCUGUCUAAUUAUUCACGUCGUCAUUUUAGCUCUUUAUUAUAGUGCCAAUAACUAGUCGUUAAGCUAACAAAUGCUAGUGAGCUGAGCCCGAAACUUAAAAAUUCAGGAAAAUGGUUAAAUGAUGUUAGCGGCAUCCGAGCCAUCAGCAGGUCGAAAGGCAUGUGUCUCUCCUUCAGCUGCCUUGUAUAGUGAUAUUUAAAACUUCUAAGUACAGGCUCGGGUGAAAACAGUGAAUUUUCGUUACACUGGUUCGGUAACCACUAGUGAAUCUAGGACCGAUAUGUGGAUUUUUUCCCCCGGAAUCAGUAGAAAAUAAGGCAAUUUAAACUCGGAUCUGCUCUGUUUAUUUGGUCUUGAAGGUUCACGGUCACGGACAGGGGAUCGUCUUCCGGUGUCUCUCGGAAUCUGUUUCUCUACAGCCUGUUUUCUAACACAGCUAGUCGCUAAGUGCUAAUUCACACAAUAUUCUGAAACUGUAUAUUUACAUAUCUGUAUAUGUUUAUGUGUCUGUCGGACUUCGGUGUCUGUAUAUUGGUGCGGGUGGGGGGGGGGUGAGAUGAAGCCCAUGCUGCUAUUUUGUGCUAAUUAAACUUAUAUGCUUAUUUGCUUCAAAUGGUUGAAUAUUUGAAGAGAAAAGAUUCGGUUUUGUUCCUUUAUCUCAGUGGUCACGAGAAAAGAACCGGCGCAUCUUAUAGAAAUGCAAAAUUCUAAAAAUCAAUUACUGGGACAAUUAAGUCAACGUGAGCGGGGAAAUAUUUGACCGUAUUGAAUUAGCCCUUUUGCAAUAUAUUAAAGAAAAAUAUUUUCUCACUUGAGCCACACAGGGUCGUAAAUAUAUACAGUUUAGCCGGUGAUUAUAUUUUCAUUAACAGUUACAACGCCAAAUAGAGAAACCACGCUCUGCUUUUUAUAUAUUAUUCAUUAUUGCUUGACAAAGGUUCUCAAUAUCUUUAUUUUGUUUGUUGUAACUGCAGUAGUAGAUGCAGUGGUAGGUAUAGUAAUCCAAUAUAUAAAAGCUUUACGUUGUAUGUUAUUUCUUGAGUGGUUUGAAGCGGGGAACCGUGAUGAAAUUUAGGACUAAAAAGUUGGGCAGUUUGCAGACGAUGAUGUGGUCCGGCUGGCGUCCCCGUUUGAUAUCUCUGGUGCUGCUCGUAUGUCAUACGUGUAAUGUGAUUCAAAUAACUGUGUAUCUUGUCCUAAAAUAAAGAAACGUGAUAAUGACAAUGAUGAUUGCUAUUUUGGUUGCAUAUCCUGUGUAAUCCAUUGAAUCUUUCCCACUUCUAGAUUAUCUAGACGGAAGUACCAAUUCGUAUGUACGGAUUCAUAUCUGCGUUUGUAAAACGCUUUCUUGUAUAAUAAUGUAUCAUGCGACUCACUUUGACGGAAUGUAUCAAUAUGUGUUUCUGAACAUUAAUAAAAAUUGCAAAUGUACCAAUAAAA